AUGACGAUUAAAAACCCCCUUCCACUCUCCGAUGAGUGGAAGGAUCCCGACGAAUAUGUCCAGGCCCUCCUCUCAUUCGCAACCGAGUCGGUCAUGUUCAUGAACCUUUGCGGUGGCGUGCAUAUCCUCGAUUUCCUGACGCGCGAUCCCGAUCUAUACACAUCCCUACUGCCGGAAGACUGGCGAUCGUUUUUCGAGCAUCACGAUAUCCACAGCAUCCUGCAACUGCUACUACGGGAGGAUAUUGGCCCGCUGUGCGAACCCGCCGAAACAAACGCUAGUUCCGAGAAUGGCAGGACUUGGAACGGAAGCGCAUUCCCGCCUGCAUCUCUCCUCGAGUACAUUCGCGACAUUCGACGAUUCAGCCUCCGUCGCGAGUUCACCACAUCUGAGAAGAGCGAACCUCUCCCGAUGCAUAUCGCUAUCGGCAUGAACAAGAAGAAGAAGCACGAGGUGGAGCAAUUCUCUCGCUAUGUCGCAUCUUUGUCGGAGACGGUCAAUGAGCGUCGCGGGGAGCCAUUGUCUCACAUUGUUGAUUUUGGGUCGGGGCAGAACUACCUUGGGCGCAUGUUGGCAAGCUCACCCUAUCAUAAGCAUAUCAUUGCCAUUGAGCGAAAGCACCAAUACAUCAGCGGUGCUAGUCGUAUGGACGUUCAUGCUCGACUGGCUAAAGAGGAAAAGAUCAAGACAAUGCAUAAUGCAAAGCACAACAAAUUGAAGAGGCAAUUCAUGCAAACCCCAGAACUAGCCCCAGACCUAGCCACUGCGGAAAAACCAGAGGUUCCUGACUUGAAUAUGGGAGCACCAUUGGAAUUGAGCGAUGCAGUGCCAGAAAAACCUGCUGAGCUGAAUGAAGACACCACCUCUAACAUGCUAGCCGAUAUGACCCUAGAAGCCGAUGAUGUGCUCGGCUCGAUGUACAGAAAGCCACAUGUAGUACAUGUACCAAAGGCCCGACCGGAGGUCGACACCAGAGGCACUGUCAGCUACAUCGAACAUAAUAUCCAAGAUGGCUACCUGGAACCGAUCAUCGAGCACGUCGUGGACCCAAAGACAUCAGUUGAAACCAGGACCAGCACAGAAGAAGUCAUCGUGCAGUCUGAAAAGAAACCAAGUGACGCGCGGGUGAUGGUGGUCUCUCUGCAUUCAUGCGGAAACCUCCUCCACCACGGAGUCCGAUCACUAGUACUCAACCCUUCUGUUGUGGCAAUCGCCAUGAUCGGCUGCUGCUACAACCUUCUAACCGAACGAUUGGGGCCAGCAACAUACAAAAUCCCCAUCCUUCGAUCCGCCCACCCCCGCCUCAAAAAGACCGGAUCUUCAUGGGACCCGCACGGAUUCCCAAUGUCCAAACUCUAUGAAAAUUACCAAGCAAAGACCACAACAGGUUUUAAGCUCAAUAUCACAGCCCGCUCAAUGGCCGUACAGGCACCUCAUAACUGGGGCCACGCCGACAGCGAAGGAUUCUUCACGCGCCAUUUCUACCGCGCUCUGCUGCAGCGCGUCCUUCUAGAUCACGGCAUCGUCCCCAAACCCGAUGUGCCCGAUGAUCUCUACAAAGACCACACCGACAGCCCCGAUUCCGGGGGUAUAGCGCUGAUCGUUGGGUCGCUCCGCAAGUCUGCAUUCGAGUCUUUCUCUGCGUACGUACGGGCUGCAACGGUCAAACUGAGCCUGGAUCCGAUCCGAGGCGAGUUGGUCAAGAAGCGCAUCUGUACCAUGUCUGAAGAGGAGUUGCAGCGCUAUGAAACGGAGUACUUGCACACGCGCAAGAAUCUCAGUAUUGUGUGGAGUCUGAUGGCUUUCAGCUCUCAGGUUGUUGAGGCUGCUAUUGUGGUGGAUCGCUGGCAGUUCCUGCGUGAGCAUGACUCUGUCAAGGAGUGUUGGGUUGAGACGGUGUUUGAGUAUGGCCAGAGUCCGCGCAAUCUGGCUGUUAUUGGGAUUAAGAAAUGA